AUGGUGCCUACAUUCAGUGGUAUAUCGUGUCGUGUAUCACCGCUCGCUGGAGAGUUGGCUGCGUCCCGCGCGCCUCCCCCACACCGCGGCACGGCGUGUCUCUCCGCCAGGUCACUCUGCCCCGCGCCCCCCAUACCACCACCGCCCCCCGACCUGCAGCCAGCCGCGCCGCACCGCGGGAACCGUGAAUUGCACUUAUUAUCAAAUAAGGCCGACUUUACAGUUGUCUGUGCCUUCCAUGUAAUGUUGUUUCGUAUGCUCUAA